UUUAAGGAGGCUUUGCAUCGAAACCGUGCGGAAAAAGGGAGGGAGAGAUAGAGGGGAAAAGCAGAGGGAGAUGCAGCGAUCCGCCGCUCUGCUACUCCUCCGAACUCUGCGAUCGCGAGGGUUCUCCUCGUCGAGCUCCGACAAGAUCGUCGCCGCCGUCCUCUUCGAGCGCCUUCCUGUCGUCAUACCCAAGAUCGAUCCUGUCGUCUACGCCUUCCAAGAAUUCUCGUUUCGGUGGAGGCAGCAAUACCGGCGUAGGUACCCUGAUGAGGUCUUGGGAAAGGGAGAUGCCAGGGGAAAAGGUGAGUACCAAAUUGAUUAUGUGCCUGCUCCACGAAUCACAGAAGCUGACAAGACCAAUGAUCGGAGAUCAUUGCAGAGAGCACUAGAUAGAAGGCUUUAUCUUCUCCUCAAUGGUAGCACAUAUGGGGCUCCUGACAAGAAACCUGUUUGGCAUUUCCCAGAAAAAAUAUAUGAAAAUGAAGAGACUCUGCGACUGUGUGCAGAAUCAGCAUUGAGGUCUGUACUUGGAGGACUUCAGCAUACAUAUUUUGUUGGCAACGCUCCCAUGGCCCACAUGACUGUAGAACCAAAAGAACACUCAUCAGAUACUCCAUCCUUUGAGAGAUUCUUUUUCAAGUCACAAGUAAUUGGUACCAGCAAACUCCAUAUUGAAAAGUGUCGGGACUAUGUAUGGGUAACCAAGGAUGAAUUAAUGGAAUACUUUCCAGAACAAGCUGACUUUUUCAACAAGAUGAUUAUUAGUUAAAUGUUAUCUUGGAGCUGAUACAGAGGUUUUCUUUAAGCGGCAGUCAUCACUUUCCAUGGUCCUAUCUUGUUGGAGAAUUCUUAAGUCUCAUGUCUAAUUGUUGGCAUGUGCUUUGUACUAUUAAAAAAUUAGCACAUUUCAGUAAAAUAGCUAUAAGCUACUAUGAUGUCUUUUCAAUGCAAAAAUUCGACCUUCAUGUCUGUUGAUUAAGAUGAUAGUACCUUUUUGCGUCUCUCAUAACCAGGACUGCAGAUGACAUCUGCAGAGAAAUCUUUGAUGUUGGCUAUUGUCCAUUCACUAUAUUCUUUUAGUUGCUGUUUACAAUUACGCAUGU